AUGCUGGCACAAGAGAAUGAAGCAGGAAGUGAACAAGUAAUAUACUAUCUCAGCCGAGUUUUAACUCCAGUCGAGUGUAGAUAUACGCCGAUUAAGAAAUUAUGUUUGGCUUUGUAUUUUGCAGCAAUGAAAUUAAGAGUAUAUAUGUUGCCUGUUUUGGUUUAUAUUUCUUGUCAACCAGAUCUUAUAAAAUAUAUGCUAUCAAGACCAUUAAUCACAGGUCAGAUCGGCAAGUGGGCUUUGGCACUAAUGAAGUUCAACUUUGCAUAUGUUCCACAAAAGGCAAUUAAGGGAAGAGUAUUGGCAGAUUUUCUUGCCGAUCAUCCCUCACCUGAAAUCGAAUCACAAGUGUUUAAUGAGCUUGACUCGACAGCCAUAUUCAUGACCCUUUGGACUUUAAUGUUUGAUGGGUCGAGUACCAGUGAAGGCUCUGGAGCUAGUAUAGUAAUAAUAUCCCCAUCAGGGAACCAAAUUUUGUUUUCCUUCUUUUUGGAUUUCAGGUGCUCAAAUAAUCAAGUCAAGUAUGAAGCAUUGAUUAUCGGCUUGGAAAUUCUACUAAAAAUGGCAGUCAAGGAUGUGCACAUUGUGGGAGAUUCAAGUUUGGUGAUUAAUCAAAUCUUAGAAGACUUUAGAUGUUUAAAUUGGCAAUUAAGGCCAUUUCAUUCAUUGGCAACCCAAUUGGUCAACCAAUUUCACAACGUGACUUUGGAAUAUAGACCAAGGGCCAUGAAUAAAGUAGCUAAUGAUUUAGCACAAACUGCUUCAGGAAUCAGAGUGUCAAGUGGUAUGAAGGACAUGAUAAUGAAAAUUGUACGCCGAUCUCUUUUAUCGGCUAAAACAAGAAAUCAAGUUAUGGAAGAAGUCUUUGCCAUUGAUGUUGUUGAGUUAGAUGAUGAUGAUUGGCGGAUCCCUCACAUCUUGUUCUUAUAA